UGACGUGAGAAGGGGCAGACAGCCAGUCAUUGAGUGAGUCUCGCUGGCUGUUGUGAAAAUCUAGUGUCAGGCUGGUCGACCUCUUGACUUUUAACAAUGUGUGCGACUCGCUGCUUCCGCGUCGCCCCACCGAGCGCCGAGCGCGGAGUUUCCCAGGCGUGAAGGAAGGGGAAUGAGACAAUCAAACAAAAAGCAACAGCUCACUCUUGUUUUGGUGCCAUGCUCCUGGUUUAGCACUACGAUGGCGGAGAGAGCUGGCCAGCAGCAGCCCCGAGCGACAGCGGCAGGAGGUGGAUCAGGAGCCGGACCAGAUCAGCAUUCACUCUGGCUACAAGAGAGUAGUGCGGUGGGCACUUUCUGAACCUCCGUCUGUCCUCCAGGGGACCGGUCGGUGGGUGGGUGGGGAUACGGAAUCCGCUGGAGGUGACUCAGUCUGCCUUUGUUGGGAUCUUUAUCUCCUUCAUAUACAGCGUCUACUGCUCACGGGUAUCUACUGAGAAACCUCUUCGCCACUUACUCUGCGGAAAGAGGGCAUUCCAGGAGAACAAUUGGGAACAUUUUUUUUUAUUUAAAGGGGGGAAAGGACCCCAGACGUGGAAAGUGAAUCCGAAGUUUGCAGGGUCUGAGGAUCCGGGAGCCACUCAGGCGUACCAGCCUUGACCGCCCGCCGCAGGUUUCACUCAUGGGAGCAAAACAGAGCAGCCCGACUGCGAACGGUCGGACCCGAGCUUACUCGGGCUCGGAUCUACCCUCUACCACGGCCAGCAGCAACGGCAGCAACCGGUCGGUGGCUGGUUCCAGCGGGUCGGGGACGGGCUCCAGUGCCGGGGUGGCUACUGCCUUGGCCGGCGGCCGCUACCACUACGUGACCCCGCCUGCCGGCGGCCCCCGGUCGGUGGUGCCAGCGGCCAGCAGCCGAAACCAGUCGCUCAACAUUCCCAACAGCGGCGGCACGUACAACUCGCAGGAGGACUCGGAAGGCAGCAGCCCGGAGGAAAGCAUGAGGGAGCGCCCAGGAGGUCACCGAGCACCUCGGUUACUCAUUGGAUCUCUCCCCGCCCACCUAUCGCCUCACUUGUUCGGAGGUUUCAAAUGUCCUGUGUGCUCAAAGUUUGUUUCCACUGAAGAAAUGGACUUGCACCUUGUAAUGUGCCUGACCAAACCUAGGGUGACCUACAAUGAGGAUGUACUAAGUAAAGAUACUGGAGAAUGUGCAAUAUGCCUUGAAGAGCUGCAGCAGGGAGACACCAUUGCACGCCUGCCCUGUCUAUGUAUCUACCAUAAAGGAUGUAUAGACUCAUGGUUUGAAGUCAAUAGAUCAUGUCCUGAGCACCCAUCAGAUUAAAAAAUGAAGUGAACCAAAUGAGCUGUUGCUAAAAGGUUUUUCUGCCACUUCUGUAAAUGGAACAAACAGUUCCAAUAAACAGAGGCUGCGAUUGAAUUCCGAAAAGGUGAGGAAAUGCUUAACGGAAUGAUGAUCAUUGCCGCUUUCUUGGAUUGCUGAAUAAGAAAACUUACCUUCUCCUCUUUAAACAUGGCGACUACCGGUUCAGUGACGCCACACCUCUCAUCUUUUCUGGAUUAUGUUUCAAAAUGCCUGUCGGUAGGCUUUCUUGUCAUUUGGACAUUUUGUGCCACAGAUAUGUGAAAGACACACAACAAUUAAACAAAUUUUCUUUAUACAGCUGAUGUUUAAUUGUUUGGUAAUUAGUUUGUGCCUUUGACAUUUUUAAAAACCAGUUAAUUUGUUUGUAAUUAAUUGUUUUUGGUACAUAUAUUUGCACUAAUUGUGCUGCGAUAGCCAUUUGUGAGAGAUGAGUGAAUGAGUCACAUUUGAUCUUUCUAAAAACAAACUGAGUAGGAUUAUCAGUAUCGUAGGAUGCAACUUGACUUUCAACCUAUCUCACACAAACACUCAAAGGAACUUCAUUGAAGGUACCAGCGAGCAAUGGCAUUCCUCCCAAGUUUCAGAUGGCACUUGGAAAAGCUACAACUGAAAAUGUGAAUUUAAAGAUUAUUGGCACUUUGUUCACAUGUUUAUACAUGGGAAGAAUGUCAGAAUGGAUUUCAUUUCCUCAACCAUGAGAGGAUAUUUACUAUAACUCAGUGAAUGAGCCUAUGUUCUUCUGGAGAUCUGGAACUCUUUAGUAUUGGAUGGCCUUCCAAAGACAGUGAUGCAAUGGGGUAGUGUAAAUCCAUUGGAACAGAAUAUAUCUUCUGUCUGUUUUGGAAUUGUAACAGCAAUGCAUUGACCAAUCAGCCUGAGGAAUCCUCGACAUGGCGCCCAAUGAAUGAGGGCACAAUGGAACAUUGACCGCUUUCGGGCACUCUUUCUCAGAGAUGGAUUCAGCAGAAAAUGCUAAUAUUGCAUUAGUAGAGCAAAGGACUGAAGUUAAGACAAGUUGCUUGAGAAGCUGUUUCCCAAAAUAUGAACACUCAUAGGAACAGAGUGCCAAAAGUAGGGAGGGGGUCAAAUGACCUCCUCCUACUUGCCACAAAAGAGAAAAAAAAAUGUAUGCUUACAGGUAUACCAGCACCUCUCCUUGGUACCUAGCUACCACAAAGUCUUGCAGUAAAAAAAAAAGAGCUAUUUUAAUUGGUAGCAGCUAAUAAUGUUAUAAAAAUCUUGUAAACUUUGCUCCACUGUUAGGAGUGACCCUAUCUCACCUCUGGGAGGAAUAAGAGAUGUUAUCACAAAAAUACAAGCAAAUCAAUGUUUAAAAAAUCAAUAAAUUGUUAAUAUGUAAAAACAAAAAAAAUUACUCUGUGCCUGCUUUGAGAAAAAGGUUAUACAGAACUGAAAAUGAGCCGCUGAAUAUUUUGAAUUUUUUUUGUGAUUUUUAAAUCUCAGUGCGUUUAUAGAAAAAAAUGCUUAAAUCUGAAAGCUAACUGGUUAAUAAAAUGGACUUAAAUUCUAAGCAGAGGUUGUUUAGUCGAGUUGUGUAAUUAAAGAUAUUUGUAUUUAUAUGCUGCAUUUCAAACUUUGUUUUACAGGUAAUGUGGUGCUGCAGAAGUAUUAUCACUGUUGUUGAAAAACCUAGUGAUCAGUUUUGCACACAGCAAGCUCCCACCAAUAUAAAUGUGAAUAUGAAACAAUUUGAUAUGUUUUAGUUAAGUAAUGUUGGUUGCAGAAUAUUGGGCCUUGGUUAUAUCACCAGACCAACAUUGCAAAGGCAGUAUCUGGGAACAUAUAUUUCAACCUCACUUUGGCAUCUGGAAUGGUAACCAUGAAUUGCUAGAUCGUCGUAACACCCCCCUGGUUCAAUUCCUUAUAGAGAAUGACAUAUGCUAUCAUGACCUGAUCAGGCUAGUAGGUGACUUUAACCUUGCUCUUAACUACUCCCUGAUAUGCUCUUGCAUACAGCUCAGCUCAAGGACAAGGAGGAAUGGUCAAUAUAUGAUGGGGCUUGUCACCAAUGUCCACAACACACAAAUGAUUCCAUCUAUAUGAAGUGGUUCUGAUCACAAUUGUUCUAAAAUAGGUUUAGUGUGUGGAAGAGGACUGAGACCAGGAUGAACGAUAUGGAGCCAGCAUAAUCUCGGGCAGUAUCUGUGCAGGUGGCAAAAUUCAGCUUCGUUUCAGUACAUGUUCAAUUCAAUUCAGCAAGCAAGUAUUAGGACAAAAACCAUCAGGCCACACCCUCCAUUUUCUAGUGAGAUUAAAAAAAUAGCUCCACCUAUAACUUUCAGGAGCCCUUUUGAAUUUUUCUGAAUUACAGUGGUGCAGCAGACCACAAUCAACAAAGGAUAAAUCGAAGUAAGCAGUUUUCUCGAGACCUCGCGUGGCAGGAAUCAUACACUGCUUUGCCUCAAAUUCUUAGUGUACAGUGGGAGUUCUGGUAUCACAUCAGUAAUUCCCCUUGGAUAGGAGUCUAAUGGAAUAACAACUCAAGGCUGUGUGUAUCCUUUUUCUGUCCUCUCUAGAGCCUUAAGCCAUCGGUUGUUGCUAAAACUGUUCCUUGUGUUUGAUUGCUAUUAAAUUCGGAGCUGGAAUUUACACAAGGUCAGUCCUGUCUCUAUCCAUUAAUUGACACUUUUUUCGGUGAUUCCAAACUGGUUUGGCUGGUUUCUGUGGUAGGUGCUUUAGCUAAGCAAAAGACAAGUUUAAGCUAACAAGUGUCAAUGUUUAAUGUUUUCUAAUCCAGCAAAGUGUUAUGAAAGAAGAGUGGACUGGGCAGAAUUUAGAACUCAGAACAGUAUGGGCCUUUUGGCCCAUGAUGUUGUGCCAACCUGGUAACCUUCUCCAAGAUCAGUCGAACCACUCGCCCCUUAGAUAGCCACGUGGGUGGAUGAAAGAAAAUGGAGGUCUAUCUUAGAGUCUCUUAAAAAUCACUAAUGUAUUUGACUCUACCACCCCAGCAGCAUGUUCCAUGGACACACCACUCUCUGUCUGAGAAAAACAUAACCCCUCUAUUUUCCUACAGUCACCUUAAAAUUAUGCCCCACACACAAAAUGCUGGUGGAACGCAGCAGACCAGGCAGCAUCUAUAGGAAGAGGUAUAGUCGACGUUUUGGGCCGAGACCCUUCGUCAGGACUAACUGAAAGAA